AUGGGUGCCAUUUUCAUUGCCAACUACCCCCGUCCUGCGGACAACAACUACAAGUUUGACAUGGACUAUUACCUCAAAGUACACAUGCCUCUGCAGUUGAAGCAUCACAAACCCUACGGCAUGCGAUCUUAUCACGUUAUUCAGCCCGAAAAAGAAACUCCAUACGGCACCAGUCCCUACGUCGUGCAAACUAUCGAGUUCUGGGACAGCGUCGAAGGAUUUUUCAAGGCGCUGAAAGAGGCUAGCCAGGAACCGAGCGACGACAUCCCCAAGUAUACUGACAUCAAAGCUCCCUUCCCGAUCAUUGGCGAGAUCAAAGGUUCCUGGGUCGAUAGCACCUUCGAGCUAAAACACUAA